AUGACACGGCAAUGUGUUCUAUUUCUCAAACAACACGUCAGCCGAGAGACUCGUUGGCGGCAAGGAGAAGACUUACCCUAUCACCCCGUCUACCGACUCUCUGUCCUUCGUACUUCAAACAUCUGCUGUUCUCUAACAGCAAUAGGAAACUGGAAUACGACCAGUCCUGUUCGUAUUCCUGGCAAGAGGUUUUACUACAUUUGUAAGGGAAGCCAACGGAUGAAACGACGACCACGCACCACACGAAAGAGUCGGCCUAUUAGGACAGCGCGUAAUCCGCAUCGACUAGCUAUCCGAAUUAAGGCGCAGACGUUUCCAAAUGCCGCCUCCAAAGGGUUCAGCACCGCCUCCGAACGUGAACUCAUCACGACUUUCUUCAAUUGCCUUCCCGGCUUCACCUUCAAUCUGGCAGAUAAGGAACUUGGAGAAAUUGCGGUCCAUCGAAUUUUGCAUAAAGUCCAGAAUUCCCGUUUUUCAUCCAUUCUUACUGUGAUACUGGAUCUCAUAACUGGCGGCAGGGAUCGACAGCAGCAUCGCCAAAGGAUUCUGCGCUCACCUCGAUUGGAAUUCCUUUGUCCGCUUGUUCCGGAGUCAAUCAGUUUCCAUAGUUUUUCAGUUUACCCCCGCGUGUCAAUCAUAACGGAAGCGGUGGUAAUCAAAAAGGAGUCAAAACGACUACUCACAGAUCAUUCACAGAGUGUCGAGUCCAGUACAGUAUCAUGGAAGCUCAAUUGGACAGAGAAAACUGAACACGAUCAAUUAAAUCAAUGUGUUCGGUUCAUCAAUAGCUCAACCGACGUACCCAGUGACGGUUUCAUCACCCCUAUCGCAGUAUCUCCCGGUAUCCCUUCUGGAUAUACAGAAAUCAGCCUUCUAGCACGUUCAACAGGCCUGCUAGCACUGACUGCGCCGUUAUCGGAGGUUGAUAUAGAAGCCUCGAGCCUUAAGCGAUGCCUACAAGCAUUAGGAAAUGAGGUGAAAGAUACGGAGUCCUCGAGGCAAUGCCCGAAGGAGAACACAAUCUCGAGCGUGAUUGGAACGAUGGCAGAAUCGAUUAGAUGGCAAUAUGAUGGGAUCAUCAAUAUCAUUCUCGUUUUGGAAACGGCACUUGCUGAUUCCCGCACGAAGCCUUCCUCGAUUCACUUAUCACCCGAACUUCGUUUUUACUUAUCCAAGCAUAAAGGAAGUUCUAAUCCACUUCAAAGGUUGUCCUUUGGUAUUCAUCGGUAUACGUGCUUGUUAUUGCUCAACAAGUUUCAGUCCAACUCGAUCUUCAACUCAUGUAACGGCAAGAAGCCUGCCAGUAAUGCCAUUUCCGAAGGUGAUCGAUCUGGUGAUCUUUGUGUGAAGGGUGGAGAAGCACUUGGAUUCCAGGAUUCAUGA